CGAGGAGGCGGCUGGAGCUACCUGAGAGAUCCGCGCUGUGUCCCCGGCUCCUCGCUCCGCUCCAGGGCUGAGGAAGAGGCAGAAAGAAGAAGAAGAGGAGAACAAUCAUGUCGCUGUGCCUCGGUGACUCCCCUCCUCCUCCUCCUCUGCCACAUAACUGCUGGUGAAGGCAAUGCAGGCGUUCACCGGUUCACUCCGGUGACUCAACUCCCGUGUUUACUCCGGGAACCAGCGCUAGCAGCAGCAGCAGAGGGGGAGGCUAACGACACCAGAACCCAGCACAAGUUGAAGUCAUCGCAGAAGGACAAGGUUCGGCAGUUCAUGUCUUUCACACAGGCUGGGGAGAGGACAGCCGUGUACUGCCUGACGCAGAAUGACUGGAAACUAGAAGUCGCCACAGACAACUACUUCCAAAACCCAGACCUCUACUACAAAGACUCCAUGAAAACCUUGGUGGACCGCAAGAAGCUGGAGCAGCUGUACAACCGAUAUAAAGACCCCCAGGAUGAGAAUAAGAUAGGCAUCGAUGGGAUCCAGCAGUUCUGCGAUGACCUGAUCCUGGACCCCGCUAGCAUGAGUAUACUUGUGGUGGCGUGGAAGCUCAGGGCGGCCACGCAGUGCGAGUUCAGCAGGAACGAGUUUGUGGACGGCAUGUCGGAGCUAGGCUGUGACAGUCCUGAAAAACUCAAGUCGAUCCUUCCCAGACUUGAGCAGGAGCUGAAAGACACCGCAAAGUUCAGAGACUUCUACCAGUUUACCUUCAGUUUUGCCAAGAACCCCGGCCAGAAAGGUUUAGACCUGGAGAUGGCUGUGGCUUAUUGGAAUCUAGUUCUCACGGAUCGCUUUAAGUUCUUGGAUCUCUGGAACCGGUUCCUGGUGGAGCAUCACAAGCGGUCGAUACCCAAGGACACAUGGAACCUCCUCCUGGACUUUGGCAAUAUGAUUGAAGACGACAUGUCAAACUAUGACGAGGAAGGGGCAUGGCCUGUCCUCAUAGAUGACUUUGUGGAGUUUGCCCGGCCGAUCGUGACGGGGAUUAAACGCAACUUCACAUAAUGUUUGUCCCGGCUUCAUGCAGCGGAUGGAGUUUGUGUUUCUUCCAGUUUUUCUUUUUCUUUGACUGAGAAUUUUUAUACAAAUGAGCCAAAAAGACACUUAAACUUCUCAAUAAGCUCGUCCGCGGCUUGUUGUUAAGAUUGUUCUUCCAAACUGCAGAUGAUGCCUUGGGUGAGGAGUGGCCUUGCAAGGAGGGAAAUCAACAUGAGAUGAAUGCUGACAAAGGACAUACUAUAUUUGCAAUAUGCAUAUAAUGGGUACCCAAGAUCCGACGCUCGAGGGUAAAUCACAGAUGGGUGCAGCUUUGAACUGCUGCUGUGGAAAUUGCUCACUUACCUGCACCCUCGGCACAGUGAGGAGGGACAGUCAAAGUGAGCGUCCAGCACAUGCAGAGGAUUCAGUGGAAGAUGCGAAAGCAGGACGUGGCUUCUCAUCUUGUAAAUUUCGAAUGGAACGGUGUGUUUUAAAUCUGCAUGUUUUUGUCGGCUCGUGUGAAGCUGUGCUGUGGACGCUAAGGAGGGAGAAAGUAAUCUACUUUCUCUAACAAUCACAUUGCGAGUAGAGAAAGUGUGUGUGUGUGUGUGUGACGGGUGUGUGUGUGUUUGUGUGCGUUUGGGGCAGGGAGUUAAACAUAUUGCCUCUUUUACAAUACAAUGCGAAAUAUUUUUGAUUUGUUUUAAUUACGAUAAUCAGUUAAGAUGAUGGUGAAAAGGUUCAGAAACACGUUUUGUACUCAGACGGAGGAUUGGAUGGAGCAGCAUGAUUUUUGAGCUCAGCACCAGCAGAAUUGCUCUUGUUACAGUUGUAACACACCAUUCUCACUGAAAUAAGAAUAGAACAAACAUCUUUAUCUGAGAAAACAGGUAAUGACGUUUAUAAUCUUUUGGACAUGAGAAGCAUUUAGAUUAAGAUCCUACAUUAAAAAAAAUGCUGUUACUUUACAUUUGUUAGUGUUGGUUUCCUUUAGUUAAAACAAACAUAAACUGACUGGCACAUUGACUGUUUUAUUCUAUUACUACAAUCCAGGUAGUAAUGACUUGCCAACUCAGCAAACUGCACUGAUUUACACUUUUUAUGUUGUUUUAGGAUUGAAGUUUUUAGUGAGUUUACAUGACAGUAGGUUUCAUUUCCACUUUAGACUUUUUAAAUCAAAAUCCAUAUCCAAGACAAGUUUGUUAGUCUUUAUCAGCAAUUGUGGGGCAGUGGUGGUAUGUUAAAGCAGAGCCACUGCAGAGAAAAACAAGCAUUUAUAAAGCUGGACAGGGCAUCUCCACUUCCACCCUGUGUAUAAUCAUGAAGUCAGAAUAUCCAGGAUGCAAACGCGGCCAUCUUGUUGGAGACAGUCUGCGCUCUAGGGAUCGUGUUUUAGAUAUUACUUUAACUUUUGUAAUUUGGUCCAUAUCCCAUCCACUCACAUGGAGGAGGCUGGAUUAAUGACCUAUACUGCAGCCAGCCACCAGGAGGUGAUCGAGACACGUUGGCUUAAGUUUUGGCAGCACUCAUUUUGUCCCUCUUUAUAUAUAUAUAUAUAUAUGAGAAAAACAUGCCACUUUAAGAACACUACUUGUUCUGCCAUCUAUGGGAUAUAGCUAGAUGGGGGUCACAUGAUUUGACCUCUUACCACUGCGCUUAGCGCAGCAAUGCAUCUCCCAAUUCAGUGUCAUUAUAAACACUCAACAAGUUUGUAUGUUAAUUCCAUCCACUCUCCAAGAUACAGAGUGUUACAGGAGGUUAAGAGCUCAGGUACCAGUCGGCUCGCAGCAAGCAGUCUCCUGUACUAACACAAUUAUUAACCCUACCUAUGCUUUCUGUUCUAAGGGGCGACGAGCCCAGUGUUGUCAUCAUGAUCAAACCUUUGCCAUGUGAGAUAUCGAUGGAUAAGUUCCCACUCAACAGCCAACUGCAGGGGGACAUUAUCACUUUUCAAUUCUCAUUAUUAUGCAGACAUGAGUAGCUGUUAAACUACAGUGGUGCUCACGAAUGUAGCCUUCAUGAAAUUGAGUAAAAUCAGGAUGGAAGCUAAUUAUGAUUUCUGUCCCAGAUUGAAUGUGGAUGAGUGACAAAAUAAAUCCUCUUCCCGAUGACGGCAGAACAGACAAGUCUGUUGCUUCAGUGAGAUAUGUUAUAAUCUGUCAGUACUGUUGAAAUGUGUGUAAACCGAUCACAGUCAGGACGACAGUGAUGUGAUGUGAGAGCUCAGAAAGAAAAUGUGACAUCUUUCUGUAUUCAGUGCUAAUAUGAAUACAUAUGGUACAUUACCCACGAGUCUAUUUGUCAAAUAUGUGAUCAACUGUUUUUAGUCAUGCAAAUCAUUCUCAUCAGAACAGUGUUAUUUUUACCAGCAAGGAAACUGGGUCCUAUUUACAGAAUAUUAUGUUUUGUCACAGAAACAUACCUUACAUUGUUUUCUUUCAGAAAGUUGUCAAUAAAGCAUGUUGUUUUUAA